AGGUGAAUGAGGUAGACCAGGCGCCCAAUAUGGCUUCGACAAAGACAAUGCUGCGCCUGGUAAGCAAGAGGCCGCUCAUUGGAGCUCAACAAUCAGCCAGAAACGUUCAGCGCGUUUCCAUCUCUCAGUCGACCAGGCGAUGCGCGGAAAAGGAUAACGAGCAGAAGCUGCGAGAUGCACCUUCAGAUCUCCUCUCAGAACUGCGAAAGGCUCCCCGGCGGCCAAUGGGCAAGCUGUCUGCUCCCAUCGUCAACGAUGCAGACAAGUACGCCGACAAAGCACUACCCAUGCACCAGUAUGGACAAUAUCUCAUGUCCUGCCUUCCGAAGUACAUCCAGCAAUUCUCUGUAUGGAAGGAUGAACUAUGCAUCUACAUCACUCCUACUGGCGUUAUCCCAGUUUUCACUUUCUUGAAGAACCACACGGCGGCAGAGUACACCAUGGUCAGCGAUAUAACUGCAGUCGACUUUCCCACUAAAAACUACCGAUUCGAGGUCGUUUACAACCUCCUCAGUGUGCGACACAACUCGAGGAUAAGAGUCAAGACAUACGCCGAUGAGGCGACCCCUGUUCCUUCGAUUACUUCCCUCUACGACGGUGCAAACUGGUAUGAGCGAGAGGUCUACGACAUGUUUGGUGUCUUUUUCACUGGCCACCCCGAUCUGCGAAGAAUUAUGACCGACUAUGGCUUUGAUGGACAUCCUCUACGGAAGGAUUUCCCCCUGACUGGAUACACUGAGAUUAGAUACGACGAGGAGAAGAAGAGAAUCGUGGUGGAACCACUUGAGAUGACCCAGGCAUACCGUAACUUUGAAGGUGGCACGAGCGCUUGGGAACAGGUUGGUACUGGCGAGGAUAGGAAACCGGAGGAAUUCAAGUUACCUACACCCAAACCAGAGGAGAAGAAAGAGGAAAAGAAAUAAGAUCUUAGUUCUAGCCAUGGCAGAGUCAACAAUGGGUUGGCAUGAAUACUGGAAUGGCCUUGUACAUAUGACUGGAGUAAACUGAUUCGAAUAAACAGUUAUGCUACUUCAAUCAUACUCAGGUAUUCAUUUGUUAGAAUUGUGCACGUGAAGCGAUAUCGAAUUGAUCGAUUACCUACUCCAUAGUACGGCCUGGUUUUAAUACGCG